UUUCAUGCAAAAUUUCACGUAAACAAGUGUCACUCUUCUCUCCCUUUAUAUUCUCACUCCAUUUUCUUCUUUCUUUUCUCAUUCACAUUCUAUUAAUUACCAUUCACUCUUUUAUUAAAAGAAAUUAUAAAUUAAACAAUCCGCCGUCCUCCACCACCAUCCCUCCAUGGCUGAUCAACCAACUCGCGGUGGCCAGAAGCAGCAGCAACAACAGCAGCAGCAAAUGCAACAACAAGUGCAGCCAUCGGAGGCCAUCAAAAGCCUCCUUCCUCAACAAGGUCCAUCAAAAUCCCAAGUACUUGCUGUCGUCACUCUCUUCCCCUUCGGUGGGGCCCUCCUUUGCCUGGCUGGACUAACCCUCGUUGGAACUCUGAUCGGUCUUGCUGUAGCCACGCCGGUUUUCCUCCUCUUCAGCCCCGUUUUGGUACCGGCAGCGCUAACUAUAGCGCUGGCGGUUACAGGGUUUUUGACGUCUGGAGCGUUUGGGAUAACGGCGUUAUCGUCGUUAUCGUGGAUGAUUAAUUAUAUGAGGAGAAUGAGGGGAACAACUGGAGAGCAGCAGGUGGUGCCAGCGAAGCGAUGGGGGCUCUGAUUGAAAAUUGUAAUGAGAUAAAUCAACUGGAGUACUGUUGAUUUAUGUGUUUUAUUUUUGUCUUGUUUUAAUCUGUGUAAUGUAUUAUGUAUACUUUUGUGUUGUGUUUAAUGUAUAACUCUUUUAAGUGUGUAAUUUGCUGCAUUUUGUUUUUUAUUUAAUUUCUAGUGUAAUGUAAUAAAAUGUGAGUUUUUGCUUUUGGCA